AUGGCUCUCCGCUGCUCGCAACCCCGCCACGGUCGCCCCGCCUGCCGCCGUCGAAGUCGCCGCUGCCAGUCCGGUUACCUCUCGCCGCCACCACGGCGCCACCUCCAGCCGCUGCUACCACCGCCGCCGCCGCCGUGUUCCUCCGUUUUGCCGGUACCGAUGGCCGCUGAGGCUGCUGUCACGCCGCCUCCGCCGCCGCCGUCUCCCACGGAGGUCGUUGCUCCGCCUGCUGAUCCGAGCAUACCCAGUGGAGAUGCGCGGCCUGGACAGGUUUUCCAUGAGCAAUUCAGAGUCGGGAGUGGACAGCACGGCUCAACAGUCCCUCUGUCCGCCCCCUCAGCUGCGCCCCCAUGGGUGCCUCCACCUGUCGUCGGAAGCCCUACUGCAUCGUGA